AUGACUAUUAUUUUAGCUUUAGUUGGAGCAUAUGAACCCCAAAUAAGUACAGAGUGUAUAAGUCAAGCUUAUAGAUGUCUACAAAAAAUAUAUAGCGGAGAUGUCAUCAUUGUAGCUGUUGGGAAUCACCACACUGAACAUAGGAAGGACUGUUUGUCAAUAAAAGUGAAAGGAAGGGAAAUUACCAAUUUUACUCAUUCAAACUCUAGCUAUACCAGUACUGAGAAAUAUUAUAAUCAAUUCCAAAUAUGGACUAGAUCUAUAUUUAGUAUAUUAUUAAAACUUAAAAGGAGAUUUGAACAGAUUUAUUCAAUAAAAGCAUCUUCAACAUCAACUUUAAUAAUAGGCUUAACAAGUGUUGACAUUUUCCCAUCAAAUCAGUACCACUUUUCUUAUGGUCAGACUGAUGCAGAAAAUGGGCUAGCUAUUGUGUCAGGUUAUAGAAUAUAUAAAAGGGGUGAUACUAAUAAUAGACUAGUUAAAGUUCUUCUUCAUGAGUACGGUCACUUAAUGAAAUUGACUCACUGUGAAUGCAGUUGUAUAAUGUCUAUUGUCUCUUCGUUAUCUGAGCUAGAUGAAAGGCCAUUAAAGUUUUGCUCUUCUUGUAUAAAUCAACUACUGCAAAACAAUGAAUCAGUAUCUCCAAAAAACCUACUAAUUCUAUCUCCAGGUAGUGAGUAA